AUGUCUGUCAACAAAGCAAAAGAUUUAUCAGUAAACUUGGAAUCCAAAACAAUACGAGUAGUGUUCAUAGCUUUAUUGCUUGAUAUUUUGGCUUUUACAAUAAUUUUACCACUUUUUCCUAGGUUAUUAGAAGACUAUCGUGAAAGAGAAAAAGGUGAUGAGACAACAUUGUUAAGCUGGUUUCUUAAUCAAAUAUCCAUAUUCAAAGAAGCGAUAGGUGGAAGCGUUGGUAAUAAUCCUAAAUGGGAUUUGGUGCUGCUUGGAGGUGCUUUAGGUUCACUGUAUUCAUUUUUACAGUUCGUUGCUUCACCAUUUAUUGGAGUAUUUUCAGAUCGUCAUGGUCGUCGAAAAACUUUAUUGCUUACCAUGAUUGGCAAUAUACUAUCUACAGUUAUAUGGCUUUUUGCAAAAUCAUUUGGAUUAUUUGUAUUGGCACGUGUAAUUGGUGGAUUAAGCGAAGGAAAUGUCCAGUUAUCAAUAGCUAUAGUUUCAGAUGUUACAACUCAUAAUUCCAGAUCAAAAGGAAUAGCUUUUGCAAUUUCAUUCACAUUAGGACCUGCGAUCGGUGCUUACUUUGCAUCAAUAGAUUUAACCCACUCCUUUCCAACGCUUGUUGAUUGGGGCUUAAAUCCUUACUCAACACCAGCAUUUGUAGCAUUAUUACUUUUAAUCAUUGAAACAUUAUAUUUAUAUCUAUUAUUACCAGAGACUGCAAAUAUCAAACCAAAUAAGAAAAAAGAUAUUAAAAAAGAGAUAAAUAAUUUAACAAGCAAAGAUGAUCAAAAAAUAUUAGCACAAUAA